AUGUCUCGGACGCCAGUUGGCAACUUAACAUGGGUUAAGUGUAUCGACGAAUAUGUGAAAAGAUACCCAGAAGAAGAAUUCUGUCCGAUUCAAUUGGUGAGACAUUAUGUUAUGGACGAGAAACUGGCUAAGCUUGUUCUAACAGUGACGCCUGAAUACGAGAAGGAUGCCAACCAAUUUCAAAAUAUGCUAAUGUUAGACUGGUCUGCUGCUGUUCUAACGCGAGUAGAUUCUUCACCUAACUCUGUGACACUGGACCUUUCGCCUGUCAUUGUUUCACCGGAUGUUGCCUUAGGAUCGGUCCUUGAUUCAAUUGUUCCAUCGCCAUCGGACAAGCCAUAUAAGACUCAUAGAGUAAUCCCUGGUACGGUGCCUGCUCAUGCGCAUGAAUGGAAAAUGACGCGGCACUCGUGGUAUGGAGUACUCAACCGCAAUGGAGCCAAGUUUAUCAAACCGGGAACGCCUGUUCCAUGCGACCUGGCUAUUGACAGUCAUGACCUGUCCGCCUUGCGCUACUCAUCGCUGGUAUGUGAAGAUCUUCACGGAUUCACAACGGAUACGUCUCUGGUUCCCAUGUCUUCAAUUUGUUCCCUUAAACAAGCACACCUGAUGCCGCUUACAGUUGAACAAGUGACUCCGGCCGAACUUGACAACAUAACAGCUGAAUUCAUCGCGCCGGACGUGCUGAACUUCACAUCGCAUGAGGAUGUGUUGGCAAAUAUUUUAGCAAAGUCUGCGUACUUUCGUCAGCUGUUCAAGAUCUCUCUUCAACGACAGCAGCAAAUAGUAACAGAUCAUGCGAUCUAUCGCAAUAUUUGGGCACUACCAGUUUCGAGUGGACAACCGGCAGACUCCUUGUCCCGAUUACGCUCUCGUUUUGGUGACAAACUACCUAAUUCCGAUGCGUUGUUGGAGGCAAUUAUUCCGGAUGAAUAG